CACGUCACAGUGGACCCCGGGACCCACACCGGGACCCCCGGCUCCUCGUCAGGGCGGAAAACCUCGGCUUUCCACGCCGGGCGCCCCGGGCGGCCUGCUCGGGAGGUUUGACAUGAGCAGCUGAGAAGCUGGGCUCCACCCGGAAGCGGAAGUGACCCCGGAGGAAGCAACACCUGACAGGGACCGGGCGGCCCUCAGACCCCGCGGUGGGCGGGCGGGGAAGGGGUCCCCGUCUCUUUCCCAGCACUCGCCCCGAACCCCCUCCUCACGCCCGCCCGGCGCAGGCAGCGGUCACAGGACAGCCAUGGCCUCCCGUCGCCCCCCAUGGCGCCUUCAGACUCCAGUGGGGACCCCCCCGCUUGAAUUUUUAGGUGGCAACGGGGGUCACAGCCACCUGUUCGCGUGGACGGGACGCUGGGCUGAGGCUGGACCGCCGGUGGCCGCUCUGCGGGACCCCACACAGUCCUGUAACACGGAUGGGGUUGGUGGUCUUAGACACCUGACUCGGACGGACAUUUUCUCGGAAAUUGGAGCAGGACCCUUCCCGGAAAUAGCUUCCCUGUUGGAAAACCAUCGACUCCACGAAGGCAUGUUCUACCCCCGAGUCUCCGGAUUCAUGAAGAACUCAGAGUAAACUUGGAGGCCCUGGAAAGACGACCUUUUGAGAUUGGGAAAAAAUAAAUUUAAAAAAGAUGAUGUUUAUGAGAAGUUAGUCAAGACUCUGAGCUCCCCGGGUUCUCAGGCUGGAAGGAGGCCGAGGAAGCCCAGUGCCCGUUGGGACACUCAGCUCUGUUGUCCUCCUGUCUUAACUCUGCCCCCAGGGACCGUGGGGGUCGCCCCGGAUGUGUGUGUUCCCCGAGACAGACCCGAGUUCCUGCUAAGGUUCAGAGGGCACUGCCCCUGGGUUCCGCAGAGCCUGAAUUACCAGAUAGUUGACGCCUGCAAAGGUCCCUGUUGGUAUAUUAACUUUCAACAACCUUCCGACUAUUGAUUGCGUGGGUAUGGCCUGUACAAAAUUCAAUUUUGGCCCAAAAGGGGGAAAAAUGGUUUGUCAUGAUGUAUCGGGCCCGUGGCAGCAUGGGGGACACGCUUCAAGAAUAUAAGGUUUACAGCUUUCAUCAAGGACACACGCAUGUAGUGGUCGCUCCUGAUAAGGCUCAAACAGCAUUGAGAAAACCCAUCUUUCAAAGACGGAGCAAGCUCACUUGGGACGUCCUCCGGGAGCCUUUGCUGACCGCCAGCCUCCCAGCCCUCAUGAUCAUUGCCUUCGAUGAGCUGAGGACAGAUUUUAAGAGCCCCAUAGACCAGUGCAACCCCGUGCACGCGAGGGAACGGCUGAGGAACAUCGAGCGCAUCUGCUUCCUUCUGCGGAAGCUGGUGCUGCCGGAGUACUCCAUCCACAGCCUCUUCUGCAUCAUGUUCCUGUGUGCGCAGGAGUGGCUCACCCUGGGGCUGAAUGUCCCGCUGCUGUUCUAUCACUUCUGGAGGUACUUCCACUGCCCAGCGGACAGCUCCGAGCUGGCCUACGACCCGCCGGUGGUCAUGAACGCAGACACCUUGAGCUACUGUCAGAAGGAGGCCUGGUGUAAGCUGGCCUUCUACCUCCUCUCCUUCUUCUACUACCUGUACUGCAUGAUCUACACUUUAGUGAGCUCUUAACUCAGAGACCACGCACGUCAUCAGAGACUGGACAGGAGCGCGCUGAGGCUGAGAAGUCACUUGUGCGGGCGACUGGAGAAGGGACGGGGUGGGUGAGGAGGAGACCUUGCCGGACACUGACUGCCUCGGAAGGAACGGAGCGGCGGCAGCGGGAGCCGAGUUAACCGUGUGUUGUCACCUGUGAACCACAGCAAACAUCGCUGUUUCCCGAGUCCGCUUCAUCUCCCAGCUCCCAGCUGGUCUGCUCUGGUUUCCUGGACCGUGGGAGUGGGGGCUGGGAGGCCCGAAGGUGCCUGCUACCGAACGGAACGACCAGAGUCAGGCUGAGUCUGUGGGACCCACGGCGGGCCUCAGGGGGCCUGGGCUACCCAAGGCUGUUUCCUCCCUGCCAGGGCCGGCCAUGCCCUUGCCCUCCGCGGAGGGUCCGGAAGGUGCGCCAUGGCCUUCGCCGUGGCCAGCGUGACCUGCAGGGUCACCGUGCCCCGCCCUGCUUUGUGAGAGCCCAGCUCAGUGACACCCUGAGCUGGGUUUGGGGCAACGCGUUGCUAAUAAAAGUUGCCCAAAGUCACGGACGGGGGGUGGGGUGGGCUGGGAAGGGGGAACCAGGGGAAAAUGACUUGGAGAAACAUUGAGUCCACGUUCAAGGUGUGACCAGCCAAAGCCAUCACAGCCCCCGAGUGCAAAUCCACCGGCCGGCACUCAUCAAAGCCGCGUCUUGCAAGGAACCCCCAGCUGCUCCAAGGCCGCUCUGAACGGUGGGCGUUCGGCAGCUCGGAAAGGAGACGACAUAGUAACAGCUUCGUUUUACGAUGCCGCGUCGUUCAUGCUGCUUAACCCAAGGAUGCUCGCUUCUUCAGGAUUUUCCACGUGACACGCUCUCCGUUUUGAGGAGGAGUUGUGGCAGGAGGUGGUCAGUAACGGAAAGGCUGAGAUGCGUAGGAUGCUCAGAUUGGGCGCAGUGACUUUUGACCUUAUUCCCCCCACUUCCCCUCUUUCCUCCUGUUUGACACGGGCUAUUUAUUGUACCUGUGCCCAGCUCCCGCCGGAGCCCUGUGACUCAGGCUCAGGAACAGUGUGGGUGGGACACGCGUGUGCUAUGUUGGACACACGUGUGCUAUGUUACAGCUCGGGGACAACUUGAGUAUCUGGCCCACCUGGCCGUCUCGUGUAGGCCUCAUCCCUGGCUGGCUGCGUCUCCAUAGGGUUGGUGAACUGGUAGGUAGAGAAGGGCAGGGUUUCCAAAAGGGCAUUUGGCUUCUAAAAAUUCUACAGGAAACAAAAUGCAGACAUCUGCCUUCAGGCUGAGGUUAUGAAGCCGGGGACGUCGAGGCACUAAUUUUGGGACCAGGCUUCCCCUCGACCGAUCCCGUGGGCCCGGCUGGGUACGUGUGGUUGGGACAGAGUUGCCUUCAGAGCUGGUUGCCUUCGUCUUUGACGUCUUUCCUGAGAAGACCUUCGUCCCGAGAAACAAGCCUUGCGUCCAGGCUGCUGGCAGCAGUUCUGUCUCCACAGCCGCCUCAAAUACAGUGGAUGAGGGCGUCCGGGGUCCAGCUCAUUCUCCCUGUGGAGCUGUUGGGUUUAGUUGUGUACUUGCCUCCUUCCAGGAAGAUUUGAACGAGCUUAUAAUAGUGGACACCAGGACACAGGGACUGCUCUAAUGGGAACUCAGCUUUAUAACGAAGAUGAACACAGAGAUACCCGUUUCCUGAGAGAGUCUGUUUACCGUGACUGAGCAUUAAGUCCACGAUUUCUCUUAGCGGUAAAUUGCAGCAAUUCACAGUCACACAGCGCUUCACAUUUCACACUUUGCUUUCCCUCCUUCUCCUUCGACCCUCCUCUCAAGCCUAAGAAGUUGAUACUGUUCUUUUUCUCUAAGUGAGGCCGCUGAAGCCCAGAGAGGGCCAGUGACUUACCUAUAGUCACACAGCAGCCACAAACCUGCCUCUGAAGCUACUAGUACAUCGUCCGACUUAAAAAACCCCAUGUCCGCCCUAGCGGGUUUGGGUCCGUGGUUAGAGCGUUGGCCUGCGGACUGAAGGGUCCUGGGUUCAAUUCCAGUCAAGGGCAUGUACCUGGGUUGCAGGCUCAGUCCCCGGUCCCGAUCGGGGUCGUAUGCGGGAGGCAA